GGACACAUGAUAAAAUUUGGGCCAAGAAGCAAAUGGGUCAAAAGACACACAUUUAAACACGCUCCUACAUAACAAAAGCCGUCUAAAGAUUUUCGAACACAGGUAUCUAGUUCCAGAAGCAUCACUUCGUAGGUUCCCAUCAAACCUCCGAGCAAGACCGGAAUGGCACACGCAGCUGCACAGAUUCCGACCAGUUUCGGACACGAACUCCGAGCUUGUCUCCGUUGCAAGCUUGUCAAAACCUACGACCAGUUUAGAGAAUCUGGGUGUGAGAAUUGCCCCUUUUUUAAGAUGGAUGAAGAUAAUGAGCGUGUUGUUGAUUGCACUACUCCUAAUUUUACUGGGGUGAUCUCGGUUAUGGAUCCUCCCAGAAGCUGGGCUGCUAGGUGGCUCCGUAUUGGAAGAUUUAGACCUGGUUGUUACACACUUGCAGUUUCAGAAUCACUUCCAGAAGAUUUGCAGAAUCUUUGUGAAGAUGAGCAUGUCCCGUAUAAUCCACCAAAGCGCAUCUAAGCUUCUAAUUAAUCGUCUACCUGCCAGUGAUUAUGUCAGGAGACAGUAGAUAUCAAGUAUGCAGCUUUUCAGUACUGUAAACUCAGAUUUUAUGAUAUUCGGCAUAUUUGUAGUUUGUGUACUUGUUGCUGUCUUGUCUUAGUUUCUUCUGCUGAACAGUAGCUAUGUCCUGGAAAUGAACAGGUCCACUCUAACAUCUUAUUGCACAUUAUCUUCA